CAAUCGGAGGGAUGUGGAGCAGGGCAGAGUCUCGCAAGUCAUUCUCAGAGCAGGGCUGGAAACCCACCAGAGAAAGCCAAACCACUCCUCCCCACUGGGACCUAAUAGAACCUACUCCUGGGGGACCUCACUGUCCUAAAACAGGGUGUGGAGAGGAGAGAGCGGGGGAAGCGUCCAACUUCAGCCACCGGCCGGGGAGAUCAAACCGCGACCGGCUCUUACCGGUCCGGGAUCUGUCAUGGGGGUGGGUGCUUGCCUGCUGAGGCUGAUCAUGUGAGGGUACCACCCUUUAGGCCUGGUGGCCCAGGCAGUCCCGGUCUAGCAGGCCCAGCCUCCUCGGCUCCUAGGAGAACCUAGGUGUGGGGGGAGCCAGGAAACCCAUGAGGUCUCUCUGCGGCUCUCCUUGUUGGGGCCCCCGGAGUCUCUGAGCAGAGGCAGGAAAAGGCCAAGGCCUAGGAGAAGUUGCAGGAGAGGGGGCGUUUUCAGCCAGCGGGAGAGAGAACAUGGAGCUGGGUGUGACCUGAGCACCCCCUUUCCUCUCAAGAGCAUCAUGGAGCAGUUCAACCCGGCCCUGGAGAACCUGGUCUACCUGGGCAACAACUACCUCCGUGCCUUCCAUGCGCUGUCAGAAGCGGCAGAGGUCUAUUUCAACGCGAUCCAGAAGAUCGGGGAGCAGGCCCUUCAGAGUUCCACGUCGCAAAUGCUGGGUGAAAUCUUAGUACAAAUGUCUGACACCCAGCGACACCUAAACUCUGACCUGGAAAUUGUUGUGCAAACCUUUCACGGAGACGUGCUGCAGCACAUGGAGAAGAACACCAAGCUGGACAUGCAGUUCAUCCAAGAGAGCCGCCAACACUACGAGCUGGAGUACCGGCACCGGGCCGCCCACCUGGAGAAGUGCAUGUCCGAGCUGUGGAGGAUGGAGAGGACGAGGGACAAGAACGCCCGCGAGAUGAAGGAGAGUGUAAACCGGCUGCACGCGCAGAUGAGGGCCUUCGUGACCGACAGCCAGCGGGCGGCCGAGCUGGAGCAGAAGCGUCGCUACCGAUUCCUGGCCGAGAAACACCUGCUGCUGUCCGGCACCUUCCUGCAGUUCUAUGGCCGGGCCCGCGGGCUCCUCCAGAACCGGGUGCUUCUGUGGAAGGAGCAGUCGGAAGCCAGCCGCAACCCGUCGGGCCCCCACCCCCAGGGCCUGCGGGGUCCCUCCUCGGGGCCGGGGUACCCGUCCGGCCGCCUGACCCCCACCCACCUGGAGAUGCCCCAGAGGCCUCUGGGAGACUUCAGCUCCCCCCGGAGCCGGCACAACUCGGGCUCCUACACCUCUGAGCCUGUGGAGGCGAGGCCCUCGGCCCAGCUGGAGCCAGACCGCAGAUCUCUGCCGAGGACCUCGUCUGCCUCCUCCCUCUUUGCCGGCAACCGGCGGUCCCGCUCCAACUCGCUGGCGGAGAGUGUGGGGUCGCAGGGGGGCCCCCGCCGGGUCCGGGCUCUGGUGUCCCAUUCGAACAGCACCAACCACACCCUGCUGCGCUUCGCGGCCGGGGACGUCAUCGCCGUGCUGGUCCCCGAGGCCCAGAACGGCUGGCUCUAUGGCAAGCUGGACGGGACCGGCACGACCGGCUGGUUCCCUGAGGCCUAUGUGAAGCUCCUGGAGGACACAAACCUCGAUGAGCUGUCAGUCAGGAGUUUCCCGCUCCGGGGAAGUCACAGCCUCGACGACCUCCUGGAUCGCCCCAACAGCUCAGCAGCCUCUCUGGACUCCUCCUGGGGGACCCCGGCCAAGCCCCUGGCCUCCAGCCCCCCACCAGCCCCGCCCAUCCCCAACAGCUCCCACGGCAGCGUGGGCAGCCUGGGGGGCACCAGCGAUGCCAAGAAGCUGAUGGCUUGGGAGCAGCAACCCCCAGAGCUCUUCCCUCGCGGCACCAACCCCUUCGCCACGGUGAAGCUACGGCCCACCGUCACCAAUGACCGCUCGGCUCCCGUCAUCCGCUGAGGGGCCGGGCCCCGGGGGAGCGGCCCGGCUGUCCUAGGGUAGCGCCGGCCCGCCGGCGGGGAUCCCCCUCUGCCUUCGCAGCUCCGGCUCGUGGAGGGGAGGGUCCCAGUCCUUCCUCUUACCUGGUGGGGAGAGGGGGAGCUCCGCCUCGUUCCCCUGGUCCUCUAGCGGCCUGCACAGGGACACCGAGGAUGAGCGGCCCACCUGAGGAUACACGAGGCCAGGGCAGCUCCAAACCGGGGUGAGAGAGGGGUGCGCUACUCGGUGGGUGCUCCCGGACCGUUCUAGCCACACUGUUGGGAAGGAGGGGACUGCCCCCUUCUCCCCUCCCCACCCUGAAUUUCAGGUCCGUGGCUUGAAAUGCGGCCCUAUUUCCUCACCUGUCCUAUAAAGGUCCCCCUUUCCCUAGAGCAGGGCUGGUAGGUGCCUGUCCUAAGGUUUUGAUCUUUUUAUAAAUGACUAAGAAUUAAAGAUACAGAAACACA